CGACCAAAUUUACCUCCUCUGACUACCCUGCUGGUAAAGCUACGCCCGCCUCGCGCACGACCAACGACAACAAAACUCGACCCUCGACCGAGUUCAAUUCCUCUUUCCGCCGCUCUCAGUUGCGUCCAGUCUCGUCGAGCUUUAUCAGCAGGCACGUCGCGGUCCAGCAACUUUUUCGAACAAGAGCAUCUCCCGCCCACCAAACAACACACACCAAACAAUGUUCGCCGCCACCCGCGUCCUCCGCCAGGCUGCUGCGCACGCCGAGCGCACCCCCAGCAUUCGCUUCCUGGGCCGCCGCACCACUCCUUCGUCCAUCGACCACUCCCCUCAGCCUCACCCCGCCUCGCCCACCGGCUCUCUCCCCGAGGGCUUCACCGCCGGCGCCAAGCACUCCAACUUCAGCUCCUACCGCCAGCACGCCCAGCAGCACGGUCCCCUCCAGAAGAGCAUUCGUGCCGGCAACGGUGAGCCCGGCAUCGGUGGCCUCUCUGGCCACGAGCUGGGCUCCGUCCGCCCUGCCCAGGGCGAGUUCUUUGACCGCUCCGAGCUUCCCGCCCGCUUCCGCCGCCAGGCCAUUCCCCUGGCCGAGCUCGAGGCUGUCGAGUCGGGCGGCGCUUCCCUCUUCGGCUGAGCUGUGCUCGGUCGAAA